UGAUUGGGCAGAAGCGAUCUCAGAUUCCAUUGGCCCAGGCCUAAACUCCCCCGUCAGUCACUUUUGACUACCACUCGUUGCGUGCACGGUCACGUGACACGGAAGUGACCAAUCGUAGUGGAGCCCCGUUUCUAAGGAAGUUCUUAGUGACAAUGCUGGAUCACAUUGCAUCCUCUGUGAAGAACAUGGCCGUCUCCAAAGAGAAGAUCUCUGAGAAGAUCCUCAAUCACGCCCUGGAGAUCAUCUACCUGCUGACAGGAGAGAAAUAUGUCCUAGUGAAGAAGAAGUCUCCUCACUGCUGCAUUCACCCGCAGUCUGGGACGGUGCCUGUGAAAUGUGAAGACAUAGCUGUCUAUUUCUCUAUGGAGGAGUGGGAUUAUGUCAAAGGACACAAGCAACAAUACCAAAGCAUUAUAACAGGGACUGAACCAGAAAAGAUGGACUCCACAGACCUAGGUGUAACCACACAGGAUGCUGAGGAAAGCAGCUCCCCAGAGUUAGAAGAUCUGCGGGUGGAAGAAAUAGACUACGAGUCCACCAGCGGGAAGGAUGAGGACGAGGAGGAGGAAGAGGAAAUCAAAUACAGAGCAAAGAAGGAAAUAACCAAAUAUGAGAUGAGCAGCGGAUUCCCAGGGCCCUCUGCAGCCGGUUCCUUCAAGUCCAUCAUAGAAGACGCUUUUCCUGCCAUCCCUUUAUUGACUGAACGGGAAAUCAAGGAGGAGAUUACAGAAGAGAUAAGAGAAGACGGGACGUACGAAAGCCUCGUCAACAGGACCACGUCUGCCCCGGACAGCGUCAGCGCCCAACAUUUUCGUUGGCACCCGAACAUCUGGAGCAUCAGCGAGCGGUUCAUAUGCAGCGGCACCACUCGAACCUACGACCCGUACCCUGGCACCAAACCUGCCGCCACCACCACCGCCGCCGCCGCCGAGGAGAAGCCCACGGAUGCGUCUCGUCUGGAGUUAAUCAACCAGGUGGCCUUAGAGGAGAAGCCGUUCCGGUGCAUCGCUUGCGGACAGACGUUUAAGUACAAAUCCAGCGCCAUGAGACAUUACAGCGUGGUGCACGGGGUGAAGCCCCACCAGUGCAACGACUGCGGCCGGAGGUUCUCCACCAAAUUCAAAUCCGUCGUUCACAAGUGCAACCCCCGCAAAAACACCAGGGAUUUCUGGGAUGAUCAGAGCGGGUUCAACAUUUAGAAAUUGCGCAAAAUUGAGCAAUUUUCCUGUAUGUAUUUCCAGUUAAUGUAAGUCCUCAUCCUCAACUUCUGUCGGGUUGUUACAUGUUCUUUGCAUUUUUUUUUUUUUGUUAGUCUGUUUUUUGGGAAAGCUUAGUCAGAACCUGUGUGGCUGCUUUAAUGGCUCCUAUGCGGUUCUCACGCGGCUGUGCAGUUCUCCUGGAAAGCUGAGUGGUUAAAAGGAUUGCCAAGGAUUAGCAAAACGUAGCUUUUUAUUUAUUUAUUUUUAUUUUUUGCAAAAAAAAAAAAAAACAGCGCCACUCCUGUGCUCAGGUUGUGUCUGGUAUUGCAGCUCAGCUCCAUUAAAGUGAAUGGGACUGAGCUGCAGUACUACACACAACCUGCGGACAGUAGUGGUGCUUUUUCUGCAAAUAAAAAAAUUCUAAUCCCCCUUUAAUUAGGAUUUGUGCAAAACUACAACUCUCAGCAUGCCCGGACAGCCGUUGGCUGUCCAGGCAUGCUGGGAGUUGUAGUUUUGAAACAGCUGGAGGCGCAGUGGUUGAAAACCACUCACCUAUCCUGUGAUGAUACAUUUUUAAAUAACACAUGUAAUGUAAUCAAUACCUCUUUAGCACACGCUCCUGCCGUGCCGAUCACCCAGCUUUUCUCGAGUCCUGAAUUGCUAAUUUGACAAAGUAUGUGCUACUUAUAUGUUUCCAUGAAAGACUAGGAAGACCCCUACCUAUGGGAGCCUGUAAUGGUACUACAUUAGUUGGCACCCAGCUUUCCCAAGUACAGAUAUA